GCUGACGUGGCGGCUGCCUCCACCAGCCGUGGUGGCAAGUUCCCAGGCCAGGAGACAAGGCCGGCAGGCCUACGCCUCGUUGUGCGUGCGCACUGAUACCCACGAAUAUUUUUGCUGAUUGCUUCGCUUUUGAUGAUUGCUUCGCUUUUUGCUGAUUGCAGUAAUUUCCCGCCUAAUUCUCCCGCUCGAUCUGUCCAGUUCUCUAUAAAAAUAGCCAUCGAUGUUAUUUGGUACACAAGUGAUAAGUCGUUAUACCUUAGCCAGCAUGAGUGUGCCUUGCUCCGACCAGGAUUUUAGGCCGAUGAAGGGGAAGAAUGCAAGCUUGCCACCGGGGGUUACAGCAGAGAGGUGUUAGUGCGGCCGCCUUGCGAAGGUGAAGGAGGUGGUGGAUUUUUCUGAUAAGUUCAGCAUGAAAUAUUUCAUGUGCGCUUAUUACGAUCAUGAUCCACCCGCACGAACAAGUUCAUCGUCCUCGAGGCCUGCGUCUCCCCCGCCCCUUUGCAACUGGUUUCACUGGAUAGACCAGGAGCAGCCGGAUUGGGCGCGCCGUAAGGUGGAGGAAAAACAGAGGCGUGCAUGGGCAAGGUUCCAUGAGGAGAAGCGUUUCGAAAAGGCUAUUGCUAAUGAUAAAGCAGAAAGAGAGAGACAAAUAAAAAAAUUAAGGGCAGAGCAAGCUCGAAAUCGCGAGGUAAAUCAGAAGCGGAUGGAUGAUGAGGCUGCACGUAGGUAUGCAGAGGAAGAUGUGCGUAGGGAGGCCCGUGAAGCGGAAAGGAAGAGAUUAAGAGAAAGGGCUGCUGAGGCGCAGGCAGCAGAAGAACGCGGCGACAAGACUGGAAAAUGGCCACGCUGGACGCAGGGCAAAUAGAGUGAUCUGUUGUAGUAACUACGUAUUUUAAUUUCUGUUUUACU